AUGCGUAUGCAGUGGGAUUCAGCAGAACUCCCUCCCCUUGGCAGUCAAAGCAUUAGCCACAAUGAUAACGAUAAUGCCGAAAAAGGCUUGUGUGACGCAUCACAAAGUCCUCCGAAAAUACCGCCCUCUGCCCAUAUUUCUUCAGAGGCAACAUCAACCGUCAACAAAACCAUCGACCCAUCUAGGACCUCAAUUGAACGACCAGCAAAGCCCGUGCCGAUGCCGAACCUCGAAGUUACCAAGUCAAUACGAGUAAUAGAUAAGUCAGUUAGUCGAUGGGUACUAUUCCAUCUAUGGUUCAAUACAUACCGGAAGCUGUUCCUCUUGUGCACUUCGCUAAACCUAACUGCGAUGAUAUCGGCUGAACUUGGUCACUUCUCUUACGCCAUACAUAACUCUGGAGCAAUGGUGCUUGGAAACCUUCUCGUCGCAGUACUUAUGAGAAAUGAAUUAUUCCUAAGAUUGCUAUACACAAUGGCUAUCUACGGAUUGCGUAGCCUAGUGGGCUCCUCUACGGAUACGUUUGGCAGCAACCUCGACUUUACAACAUAUUGGAGGCCUUCACUCUGGAUGCGGGCUAUCAGCAGCUGUUUGGUUUAUCCUCAAAACUAUACACAUGAUACGAAACCGAGGAAUGCAGCACAGCUCCGUUAUUGCCACAGGUGCCAUCACAAGUACACUGAUCUGCAUAUCAGUUCUCAGUGCCUUCCCUUGGCUUCGCAAAUGACCUGGGUGUUUGUUAUCCUCAGCAACCUCAACGACAUUAAUCGCAAGAAAGGGCAAUCUGACGUCAGCAUUAUUCUGGGUGGACAGGAACUGUGGUUUGCUUUUUUUAUUACAAUACUUGUUGCCCUACCAUGGGCCACGCUUCGAGAGGUCUCAGUGCAAGUAGAACUUCCUUCGCCUAGACUUACUAUUAUUCGAUUCAACCGAGGUAUGCAACAAGGGCUCGUUGGAAGGAUCAGUCGUACUGCCGUUAAGGAGUUCCAUGCCUUUGGAAUUAUCAGCGAAGGCAUUGAGUCUCCAUACCACUAUAUGGUUUGUGGUGUCCAAGGUGACUUUACAAAAAGUAUGCUCUCACAUCCACCGGCGACACUGUGGACAAGGGAGCUCAAGUUCACUGGCAUCGGUCAUGCCUCAGCUAUGUACAAAAGGGGAAUCAGGAUCUGUACAGGAACAGGUAUAGGAGCUGCGCUAUCUACCUGCAUUCAGAGUCCAGACUGGUUUCUUAUCUGGAUUGGCUCUGAUCAAGAAAAGGCCUUUGGUGUAACAAUAUACGACCUAAUCCAGAAGCAUAUCGAUCCUAAGCGGAUGAUUUUGUGGGAUACAAAAAAGGAAGGUCGGCGACCUGACACAAUGCAGCUUCUAAAGGAGACUUGGGAACGCUUUGAAGCUGAAGUUGUUUUUAUUACGUCUAAUAGAAAGGGUAACGAUGAAAUAAUGCAGGGAUGCUAUACAGCUAACAUACCUGCGUUUGGUACCCUUUGGGACUUUUAG